AGUACGCGUACAAGUCUCGUGGGUAGCGGAUGCCAGCAGAGAACAUUGGACAAAACUCGUUCGCUUCGAGCAUUUUGUGUUAGACGCUUGCGCGCUUAGCAGAUUUUUAAAUUUCACACACAGCAACAACUUCUUCCUCCCCCCUCUUCCCACCGGUAACCCACCAAAGGUUUGUUUUAAAACACGAUAACCAGCAGAGGAAGUUGACACACAAAAUUUAAAAAUGGCGGCCGUUAACGCAACACAAACGGACUAUUGGAACUUUCUGUUCAUCGAGCUGGCCGAUCCGCGUACCAAUGACUGGUUCCUGAUCAAAUCGCCGUUGCCGCUGCUGACCAUUCUGGCCUUCUAUCUGUACUUUGUGCUGUCGUGGGGUCCACGUUUUAUGCGGGAUCGCAAGCCCUUCAAGCUGGAGCGCACGCUGCUCGUCUACAAUUUCUUUCAGGUGGUGCUCAGCGUCUGGAUGGUCUACGAGGGCGUGGUCAUUUGGCAGUAUUACAGCUGGCGCUGCCAGCCAGUCGACUGGUCACGCACGCCGAAAGCGUACAGAGAGGCGCGUGUUGUCUAUGUUUAUUAUCUGGCCAAGAUCACCGAGCUGCUGGACACGAUCUUCUUUGUGCUGCGUAAGAACGAUCGUCAGGUGACAUUCCUGCAUGUGUAUCAUCACACAGUCAUGCCCAUGAUCAGCUGGGGCACAUCCAAGUAUUAUCCUGGCGGUCAUGGCACCUUCAUUGGCUGGAUCAACUCGUUUGUGCAUAUCAUCAUGUACUCGUACUAUUUCCUGUCUGCAUUUGGACCCAAAAUGCAAAAGUAUCUGUGGUGGAAGAAGCACAUCACCAAUCUGCAAAUGAUUCAAUUCUGCUGUGCUUUCAUACAUCAAACCCAACUGCUCUACACCGACUGCGGCUAUCCGAGAUGGUCCGUUUGCUUUACGCUGCCCAAUGCCGUGUUCUUCUACUUCCUGUUCAAUGACUUCUACCAGAAGUCCUACAAGAAGAAGCAGGCAGCGGCCAAGGCCAAGGCCGACAAGGAGAGCAUUACCAACAACAACAACGACAGCUGUGCCAAGAAUCUAAAUGCCGCCAUAGCCACAAAUACAGCACAGCAAAAGAAGGUGCUGUAGAGCAGCUAACCCCUCCAACCCCUCCAAAAAUACCACAGACACACACACACACACACACACACACACACACACACACACAAACACACAAAUACGUAAUGGGAACUCACAUACAAAAUUUAUAUAUGCACUGAAAAAAUGGUUUAUCUAAAGUUUAGAAAGUCGUCAUAAAAUAAUUAUUUUACUAAGUUCUUCAUUUUCCUAUAUUUAGAAAAAUUGCAGAAAAUGUGCAACAUUGCAAUUUUCUAAAUUUAAGAACGAUUCACAUUUGAUGGCAACUUUCUAAAAUUCAGGCAAAACAUUUCAUUUUCGAGUGUGGGAAUUAAACCAUCUAAAUCUUAAGUUUAUGGAGCGGGCGUUGUUCUAUGCACAACUUUGUUGACUAAUUUGUUAAGUAAUCCGCCGCCGUCGCCAAAAAAAAAGAAAAAACUGAAAAAACAACAAGAAGAAAACAAAUGAAAAUAUUGAGAAGUUGAGGUUCGAGUUAAUAGGCAAACAUUUAAAUGCUUUUCGCAGCCAUCGCUUCGUUUGAUGUGUGUUUGACACAAAUGAAAGAAGUUGUAUGUUUUACGGCCCAAAAAACAAAAACCUUGAUUUAAGUUAAGCAAACCCCUAGGAAUACAAGAAGAAGAAGAAUAAGAAGAAACCGGAAUUAGUUGUGUAAAUAAGUUAAGAUACGCAUUUGGCAUAAGCAAAUGUGCCUUUAGAUUUUAUACAAAUAAAGUAUACACUUAUAUAUAUACAUAGAUAUUGGCAUGUAAAGUACUUAGGCAUAAACGAAAAGAAACCACAAAUACAAAGAAAUAUACGUCAUAUUUUUCAA